UACAAAAUAUAAGCGAAAGGCGUUCUCGUGUAUAGCAAAUCAAAUUUGAUGAAGAGCAUAAAUUUUAAAAUUGCUGAGUUAGUAUACCAUUACUUGAUCCCCGUUAUCCCUGUUAGUGUACUUUUUAUCCCUCUUAUCUUAGUUGAAGCUAGUGAUAAGAUGAAACAUGAGGAUGCGUAUGAGCUUUGGCAUCAUCACCAUAUCAUCAGGUGCAAUCUAUUCGGAACUAUUGUAAGUUGUGCGGGAGUCAUCGUUUUUGUUUCAGUCAUUUACAUGAGGAGGAAACAUCCUCCAACAGUCUACGUAGUCGAUUUCACCUGUUACCGCCCACCUACUCAUCUUCAAGUGCCAUCUGAAUAUUUCCUUGAAGGUGUUAAACGUUAUUGUAACUUAAGUGACUCUUCCGCUGAAUUUCAACGUAAGAUUCUCGAGAGGUCUGGAAUAGGUGAAGAGACUUGUCUUCCGGAAGGAAUGCACAUGAAACCUCCAAGUCGGACCUUAGAGUUUGCUAGGAAAGAGGCAGAGGAUGUUAUGUUUGGAUCUUUGGAUAAUCUCUUCUCCAAUACCAACAUCAAAUCCGAGGAAAUUGGUAUUCUCGUGGUGAAUUGUAGUUUGUUCAACACUACUCCUUCGUUUACCGACGUGAUCAUUAACAAAUAUAAAAUGAAAAGUAGCGUUAAAAGCUUUGAUUUGAGUGGGAUGGGUUGCAGAGCUGGAGUCAUUUCAGUUGAUCUUGCCAAGGGAAUACUUCAGGUUCACACAAACACUUGUGCCAUUGUCCUCAGCACUGAGAAUAUUACCUUGUGUGGUUAUGAUGGAGAUGAUAAAUCUAUGAUGAUAGCUAAUUGUUUAUUUCGUGUCGGCGGAGCUGCGGUUCUCCUCUCCAACAGAAAUCAAGAUAAACGACAAGCUAAGUAUAAAUUAGUCCAUACUGUGAGAACUCACUAUGGUUCAGACGAAGAAGCUUAUAAAUGUAUGGGCCAGUACGAAGAUGACGCUGGUAAACUGGGUGUCUUCCUAUCUAAAUCUGUCAUGCCGGUUGCAGGGUCAGCAUUACGGACAAAUAUCACUACUCUAGGUCCUCUUGUGCUUCCACUUGGAGAAAAACUUCGAUAUCUCAUUAGUACAGUGGCCAACAAAGUAGUAAAGAAUCCAAAAACCAAGACUUACGUUCCUGAUUUCAAACUUGCAUUUGAGCAUUUUUGUAUACAUGCUGGUGGAAGAGCAGUAAUCGAUGAAAUAGAAAAUAACCUGAAGCUUUCUCCUGCUCAUGUAGAGGCUUCACGAAUGACUCUUCAUCGAUUUGGAAACACGUCAUCGAGCUCAAUUUGGUAUGAGUUAGCCUACAUUGAAGCUAAAGGAUGGAUGGGUAAAACCAACCGUAUUUGGCAGAUUGCAUUAGGAGGUGGGUUUAAGUGUAACAGUGCAGUCUUGGUUGCUCUUAAGAAUGUGAAACCAUCUCAUCUUGUUAGCAGCAACAAGGGCAACCCUUGGGAAGAUUGCAUUCACAAGUAUCCUAUGUAGAUUUGUUUUGAAUUAGCGGUUCACGUGUGCCUGAAUAAGACAAUUAGUGAAAGAGCUUU